UCAACGCCUUUCUCUUUUCUUCUCUCAAUUCAUCCCAAAAUCCACCCUAUGAUCCACAAGCAAGGUAUUGUAUCCAUCCUCGGAUCCGAUGGCCACGAAAAGACCACCAAGGCGGCAUCGCUUCGGCGCACCUUGUCAGCAGAUAUGUCGUCCAGGAGAUGGUUGGCGGAGAACGGGGUUCCGUCCGCUCCCAUGAUGAAAAAGAUUGCUUCGUCUGAGCAGAUCGCAUGGUCUGAGCAGAUUGUGAAUGAUUCUUCUUCAUCGGAAGAGGAUGAAGAAGAAUGUGAAGCAAACAGAAAGGGAGAGGAUAAUCCGCGGCGGGUAGAUAUCUGGACCGCGAUCAUGUCACAAAAGGCACAAGACGAGUUGGUUAAGCUUCCACCCCCCUACGUUCAUCCACUCGUUAAGAAAUCCGCUAGCUCGUUGAGCGAGAAGAGUCUUAAGGUUUGUACUGAGAGUCUUGGAUCCGAGACUGGAUCAGAUGUGUUCUCAUCAUAUUUGUCUUCAAAGACGAGUACCGAUGAGAACAAGGGCGACGAGCCACAAGAGGAAGUCCAGGAGAUGAGAGAGGUGGAAGGGGAGGAAUCGAAAUUAGUUGUCAAGCCUGCUGCUGCAUGUUUGACAACUAAGAAGGCCCCACAAGCCCGGUCCUUUCCUCCGCCUCUUCCGUCUCUUGCGGCAGCACAUACAGAGGGACCAUCUCUUCACAUGCAUUCUCGCCGUGUCGACGGCCGUUUGGUCCUUGAAGCUGUCUCCGUUCCGCCACAAAAAUACUUCGAAGCACAACGCCAAGAUGGACGAUUUCUCCUCACUCUUAUAAACAACCCUAAAGAAGAACAAGCAUCCAAAAUUAACAUUUCUGAGGAAGAAAUAUCCCAAGACAACUACAACGACAUCGAUGAUGAAGAUGAAGAUGAGAUCGGGAGUGAUAUCAAUUUCGAUUCCGAUUACAAAGAAAUGGGAAUCUUUAAGGAGCUGCAACCAUCGAAAACGACUGGCGGCAAGGUGAUGGAUCUGCAGAGAUCAACGGUGGUGGUGAAGAGAAUGACCGAAAGGGACAACCGAAUAAAGCUGAACACGAAAGCAGUGAACUUGGCAAAGUUAGAAGCUGUGGAGGAGGAGGAGGGAUGUGUGAUGGCGGCACCACCACCAAUUAUGCAGUCUCUUCCACGAACCACUGGACUGCCACCGUUACCACCGCCAGCUGCGGCCACAUCCUUCAACUCAUACCAGUACUUCUGGAGGGCGAAACCGACGGUAGCCAGUGUGAUUGAUCCACUCAUCACCCAACACCUCCCACCCACGAAAACCAAAGACCUGGUGUUGCUCAGAGGCAACAAAGCAGACUGCUUGCUACCAUCAUUGAAGGGUUGCAAAGAGCCAAGAAGGUCACUUCUGAUGUGGGAGCCAUUCUGCAUCGCCACCUCCUAAUCAAACCAUGCAUUCUCUUUCUCUCACCCAACCCUUUUUUUAUAUCUAUAUAUUGUAUCUAUCCAUACACAUAAAUAUAUGUAUCUCUCUAAAUAAGCAUGAAAGAGUGAGAGAUGCCAUAAAUUCAAAAAGGAAAAUGUACGAUUGAUUUGCUGAUC